AUGGAAGCCAUCGCCAAGUUUGAUUUCACUGCCUCCGGUGAGGAUGAGCUGAGCUUUCACGCCGGAGAUGUUCUCAAGAUCUUAAGUAACCAAGAGGAGUGGUUCAAAGCGGAGCUUGGAAGCCAAGAAGGCUACGUGCCCAAGAAUUUUAUAGAUAUCCAGUUUCCUGGAUGGUUUCAUGAAGGCCUCUCACGACACCAAGCAGAGAACUUACUCAUGGGUAAGGAGAUCGGUUUCUUCAUCAUCCGUGCCAGCCAGAGCUCCCCUGGAGACUUCUCCAUCUCCGUCAGGCACGAGGAUGACGUGCAACACUUCAAGGUCAUGCGAGACAACAAGGGAAAUUACUUCCUGUGGACAGAGAAGUUUCCAUCCCUAAAUAAGCUGGUGGACUUCUACAGGACAACGUCCGUCUCCAAGCAGAAGCAGAUCUUCCUGAGGGACAGAAGCCGAGAGGAUCAGGGUCGCCGGGGCAAUAGCCUGGACCAGAGGCCCCAAGGAGGGCCACACCUCAGUGGAGCCGUGGGAGAAGAAAUGCGGCCCUCGAUGAACCGCAAGCUGUCUGACCACCCGCCUCCGGGCCCCUCCCAGUACCACCUGCAUCAGCAGCCCCCUCCGCAGUAUCCCGCGGCAACGCAGCCACCGCAGCAGCGGUACCUCCAGCAGCAGCAUCUCCAUCAGGAACGCCGUGGAGGUAGCCUGGACAUAAACGACGGGCACUGUGGCCUGGGCGUGGGCAGUGACAUGAAUGCUGCCCUCAUGCACAGGAGGCACACAGACCCGGUACAACUCCAAGUGGCAGGGCGCGUGCGGUGGGCCCGGGCUCUGUACGACUUCGAAGCCCUCGAGGAUGACGAGCUGGGCUUCUGCAGCGGAGAGGUGGUUGAAGUCCUGGAUAGCUCUAACCCGUCCUGGUGGACGGGCCGUCUGCACAACAAACUGGGCCUCUUCCCUGCCAACUAUGUCGCACCCAUGACACGAUGA